UCACAGUCGCGUCGGCGCUCCGUUCGCCAGUCGUCGUCAAACUUGUUCUUCUCCCGGGUCCCUGACGUGCCUUCGUUAUCUCACUCGAUCAUGUGCAAAUCAUAGUGCGAAAUUCGUUAUUUGCGGAUUCGAAGGAUCCUUCGCGAGUGUACGGAUUCGCAUUGGAUCCUGUGGAAUUGUAUUUGUCGCGACAAUCGGGGUCCUUAGCGGUCCCCAGGUCCGCGAUGUCUCUGCGCACCGCGGCGGGUCCAAGCCCGACUUGAGGAGACUCGUGAGGAAGACAGACUACCGACCGAUUUGUGUCCCAAAAAAAUUAAUUGCCCUUUGAUGAAUGUGACAUUAAUGUCAAAAUAAUAAUAACCGGUUGACUGAUUAACACAAUAUGAGAAAAUAUUACAAAAUACUGUAAUAAUUAAAAUAAUAAAUAAUCGUUAACUGAGAGUCGAGAGAAAGUAGCGACUACCGUUGGUUCGCCAAAGGAUCUCGGCAGAAUUACAAUGUGCGCGCGAUGUCGGGGAUUUCAGUGACAUUUUCGCAUUUACUUUUGAGUUGACUCGUACGUCUAGUCGACUGAAAGAUCUGAUCGGAAUAAGAAUGCGAGAAAGUGCACUAAAUCGAUAUCUGAACCGAGUGAAUUCGUCCAAAGUCGCAAAAAAAUUGAAAAGUAGCGAAGAUGCGCAAAGAGAAAAGGAUUUGCGUGAUCGACGAGAGGGAUUUCAACAGUGAUAAACGCAGCGUAAUAAUAACGUAUGCGGUGCAAGGAUAUAAUCACUGACUUUAUCAGCAAUUCUGAAUCCUGUCUUUGGACUGGACGAUCUUGGACUGUGCGUCUGCUCGAGACACCGACUCCGGCAUCAAGUCGGACCGCCUCUUCGGAGCACCAUAUUUGGAUUUGAUUGUUGCUAAAUAGUAAUUUCUUCUAAUGAAUCGGGAUUAGAUGGAUGAUUGUGUUAAAAUCGAUAAGGUGCGCGUAUCUCGUAAAUAUCGAGUGAUCUGUGAAUAUCGAGACGACUCGAGUGAGAUCGCUGCAGUGCGAAUCGGAUGAGACGUGUCGAAUGGAGCGACGCUAGAAUUUCUCGUAGAUCAUCGUUAUCGUGGAUCAUCGAUGUAGCGCGAUGUCAGCCUGGUGGCCUGUCGUGGCGACGGCGCUUUGCUUCUGGAUAUGCGCUGGGAGCCAAUUGAGCGAUAAUACACCGCCCGUAAUAUGGCUCGAUCGGAACUGGAGGCUUGCGGAGACCUAUCCAGUGGGAAACGUCAUAACCAGAGUUAGCGCCACGGACAGCGAGCAGGACAAGUUGACUUACGGUCUCGAACCACACGUGGAUUACAACGGGAAUAAACCUCAGCCGCCCCGGCCAUUACCCUUCUCCAUCGACAACACGACCGGCAUAAUUUUUCUCAAUGAAACUCUCAAAGGAAGAGGAGGCCAGGACCUGUUACUCUACGUGACUGUUUCUGACGGAAAGGUCACAGCGAAGACUGAGGUUUUCGUCAACAUCCAGAACACAUCGGCACCGAAUCGGGGAAAGCCAAGGAUACCGUAUCCAAGUCAAUCCGGUGGCCGGAUACGACCGCCGUUUCUCGGUCUGCCAAAUCUGCAGACCUUCCCAUCGCCUUUACCACCUUUGCCGCCGAAACAGUAUCAUCCCGAAACCACGAAACUUGAACUGGAGAGAAUAAAACCUAAGGACUCCGACAACAGCGUCAGCGGCAGUGCCGCCAGUACCGUCAGUACUGUCACGGAAGAAAGCGUCCACAUAAAUGAGGUGGAGGGUCCUGCGUUAAGUUCGAAGGUUGCACCCUCCGCCGAGCAGCCGUCGCAGGAUAUUGCGAUGACACUGGUACCGGUGGCGGCUGGAUGCGCCCUCGUUGUGGGUCUUGGAAUGGGCGUUUAUUCCCUGAGGAACAGACUUUGCGGCAGUCGCAAAUCCAAGGCGGACACGAAGGAACAAGCGUCAGUCAGCGUUUCUAAUCUAUCCGACGAUCCCUCUCUCGUCCUGAAGAGAUGGCGAGGUCCAAAGGCUCAGAACAAUCGUUACCAGCCGUGGGACAAAGAAUUCCAAGCAGGCAUUCAGAGUAAGCAGGAGGAUAAAUGGGAAUUUCCCAGGCAUAGAUUGAAGGUCUUCAACAUCCUCGGCGAAGGUUGUUUCGGCCAGGUGUGGAAAUGCGAGGCUCUAGAUAUCGAUGGCAAAUCCGGGCCCACGAUUGUGGCGGUGAAGACUCUGAAAGAGAAUGCCACCGAGCGAGAACGAUUGGAUCUCGCGCAGGAGCUACGCGUCAUGAAGAAUCUGGAUCCUCAUCCCAACGUAGUGCGGCUUCUAGGAUGCUGCACCGAACGGGAACCCAUGUUCGUCAUUUUGGAGUACGUGAGCGGCGGCAAGCUGCAGAGUUUCCUCAGGGCCUCCAGAGAGGAGAGGAAUCACGGAAGAGCAGGACUGACCUCCAGAGAUCUUACUGGAUUCGUGUAUCAAAUCGCCAAAGGUAUGGAAUAUCUGGCGUCAAAGGGUAUCAUCCACAGGGACUUAGCCGCUAGGAACAUCCUGAUCGACGAGAACCGCGCGUGCAAAGUGGCGGACUUCGGCUUCGCCAGGGACGUAGCGGCAAAUCAGAUUUACGAGAGGAAAUCCGAGGGUAGAUUACCGAUUAGGUGGAUGGCACCUGAAAGUUUGUAUGAUAACAUAUUCUCCGUUAAGUCGGAUAUUUGGAGCUUCGGCGUCCUAAUCUGGGAGAUCGUAACAUUAGGAUCAACACCGUAUCCUGGACUCGCUGCCGCAGAGGUAAUGCGAAAGAUCAAAGAGGGCUGCAGAUUGGACAGACCUGAGCACUGUAAAAGAGAGCUCUACAAUAUUAUGUACUACUGCUGGGACAAGGAUCCGGCAUGCAGGCCGUCCUUCGCCGAGCUCGUGGGUCUGACCGAAGGUCUGCUGCUUGACGAGACGGAUUACAUUGAGCUCGACAGGUUUCCGGAUCACUCGUAUUACAAUGUGCUCAAUCUCAGCGGAGAAAAACUAUAAAACUCACGUGAUGAUCGUUGUGUCACUCGAUUUUCGCAUAGAUAAGCUGCCACACUGUUUCCGCAAUAACAUUAGAAUUUAAUUGGAUUAUAUUUUCGCUACAUGAUGAAUUAUGUGGGAAGAUCUUUUAGACUAAAUUAUCGAGCCGACAAUUUUUCUGCCCUUUUAGCCGAAAAGUGGAUUAUUAAAUAAUAUGACUGGUCGAAAAGUAAUCUUGCAUUUAACAUUGCAUUUUGCAGUAAUGCAUGUUUAACAAGUUCGCUCGGGAACGAUUUGAGCUGCUGUAAUUCGUCUGCUCCUCACGGCAUAAGACUGUUCGAUUCGUUCUGUUAAAUACUCACAUGUGUACGUGUUAAAUAUUCACGUGUGUGCGUGCAUGUGAUAGAUACACGAUUUGUAACUAAGAACGGAAAACACGAUUACAUUAAAACGCGCGGUGUCACACUUACAAAUCGAAGAAAAGUAUUCCUAAUACUUUAGUCGCUUAUUCAUGUCUAGACAUGAGCCUGUAUAUAUGUACUGAUCUAAACAUUGUUGUAAGUUAUUGUACAAUUGUGUGUUGUAAGAAUAAAUAAAUCUAUAUACGUCAUACA